AGAAACUUGGAAGAGAAGAACCGGCCGUUACCCAGCGUUUUCUUUACAAUUCGAAGAAUCUAUCGCGCGACUCCAAUGUGUCAUAUGUAUUACCCAGCGGACUUUUCUUCUUUUAUUUAAAGGUACUUCUUCUAUACACAAUCAUAGGUUCUGGAAUUUCCGAUGAAGAUGACUUACGGUUUACUGGAUGACAUGGUUCUCCACUACCCCCCACGACAACACGACUCAACAGAGGAAGCAAACAUGCUGACAGUGCCUCAAAAUAUGUUGGCCCAACCAGGAGUACCACAGCAUGGAAUAAAUAUUUCUGUAAGUACUCCAGAAGAUCGAAAGGAGAAGAAAAGAAAAAUCGAUGCCGAUUAUCGACAACGUUGUAAGAUAAGGAAAGAAGAGUUGGGGAUUAACUUGCAAAUUCUUCGGGAAGAAAAUGCUAAUUUGAAGAGGGAGAAUGAGUCUUGUAGGAAAGAAAAUGAUUCAAUGGUUCAAAAAUUGCAGUCACAAGAAGUUGAGAUAGGGAACCUUAAAAGAGAGAUUGACAACUCAAAGAAAGUCAUUUCUAAUCAAGAAAAUCUGUUGGAGACACUGUCACAUAACCCUUUUGUGCAACAACUAACGCUUGGACCUAACCAGCUUGAGAUGGUGCUGAUAGAAAAUGAACGCAAUAUGUUGUGUCAAAAUGCCAAGUGGGAUAAUUGGGCAUCUGAAAGAAUACAACUUUUGAAUGAGAUUGAGAAAAUGGGACAGCGGAAUAUGGUGCUCAACAUGCAAAAUCAAGCUUUAGGUGACUAGAUACUGAACCAAAAAGACUACAGGAGGAAGCAUGAGAAGGAUAUUGAGAGGCAAUUUCUUCUAAAAGGGACAUCAAUUUGCUGAUGUGGUGUUUAUGGGUUAAUUAGAACCAGUUGUGAAAAAUGAGGAUGUUUUUGGUAAUUUGAUUUCUUGUAAAUUUAUUUUUUUAUGAAAAACAAUGGGAUCAGGUUUUUUUUUUUUGAAUUUGAAUUUGAGGAUGACUCCAUCACAAAUUGUAAGAAUACUCCAUCUAAAGUUAUUGUAAUUGAUAAAUGGGGUUGGGGGAAAAA